GGCGGAGGGACAGCACCGCACCAACCGCGAGCAGCGAACCGAACCGGAGCGCGACACCGAGAGCCACCGGCACCGUUCGGGACGUGGGACUGACUGGGGGCUGGCCGGACUUGCGCUCGGGCGAUCGAAACCUGCGAGCUGCCCGGAGCUGAAGCUUUCCCACUACGGCGUCCGAUCCGGCCGCUUGCUUUUUCUACAAUCAAGCCUCUUUUUUCUUACCCGAUUCCUCGAGAUUUCUGGGCUAAGCUUGCACCUGCACCCUGCAUCGGCCAGGUAGCUUCAUAUUGUUCCGUUCGCACUUGCUUGCUUGCCUCGCAUCUCAUUCUGCCUGCGGUUCCGGCCGAUUUCGGAUUGUACAGUUCUUUCUUCUUUCGUUUUGCUUGUGGGGAAUUGGGUCGAGGUUUGAGAGCAGUAGCCAAUCUGUACAUUGUGAGGAAGACGCGAGGGAGGGCCAGAGAGACUCUAGGUCGAGCGCGAGAGCGGGAUUGGGGCUGAUUUGCUAAGAUGGAGCAUGUGCGGGCAAGGCAGCAGGUGAUCCUCGACCACUUGAGGCCGGAGGGACCAGGGGCGCAAGGCGGACGAGUUGCACCGUCUAUCUGCAUGGCGCAGGAGUUGCAGAGCAAGAGGUUCCAGGAGUUCGAUGACGAUAUUGUCAUCGUUGCGGCCUUCCGGACGGCCCUCACUAAGGCCAGGCGAGGAGGGUUCAAGGACACGCCAGCCGAUGAUUUGUUGGCGCCCGUGCUGAAGGCCGUUGUCGAGCGGUCUGGAGUCAAUCCUGCAGAGGUGGGAGAUAUCGUCGUCGGGACUGUCCUCGCCCCUGGAUCGCAACGAGCCAUGGAGUGCAGGAUUGCCUCCUUCCUGGCCGGGUUCCCUGACACUGUUGCCCUCAGGACCGUGAAUCGACAGUGUUCGUCCGGUCUGCAAGCAAUCGCGGAUGUUGCUGCUUCGAUCAAAGCUGGGUUUUACGAAAUAGGAAUUGGUGCAGGAGUGGAAUCCAUGACCAAGGAUGCCAUGGCUUUCGACGGAACGCCCAACCCUAAGUUGGAAACCUGUCAGCAGGCAGCUGACUGUUUGUUGCCGAUGGGAGUCACUUCGGAAAAUGUUGCUGCUCGAUUCAAUGUGACCAGAGCGGAGCAAGACCAAGCAGCGGUGGUUUCUCACCAGCGAGCUGCCGCAGCGACCGCCGAAGGACGUUUCAAGGACGAAAUUAUUCCCGUGCACACGAAGGUCGUGGACCCCAAAACAGGUGACGAGACAUCUGUGGUGAUAUCAGUCGACGACGGGAUUAGGCCCACCACCUCGCUAGCAGACCUAGCCAAGUUGAAGCCCGUGUUCAAGAAGGAUGGCACCACUACCGCCGGAAACUCCAGCCAGGUGAGUGACGGGGCUGCCGCAGCCCUGCUCAUGAAGAGAGGCAUGGCCAUGAGGCGGGGCCUGCCCAUCCUCGGAAUUUUCCGAAGCUUUGCAGCUGUCGGAGUGGAUCCGGCCAUCAUGGGAGUCGGCCCCGCUGUGGCAAUUCCCGCCGCUGUGAAGCAAGCGGGGUUGGAGUUGAGCGACAUCGACCUCUUCGAAAUCAACGAAGCAUUUGCGUCGCAGUUCACCUACUGCGCAAAGGUUCUGGAUUUGGACAUGGAGAAAAUCAACGUCAAUGGAGGAGCCCUCGCGAUCGGUCAUCCUUUGGGUUGCACGGGCGCUCGGGCCACCGCAACUUUGCUGCAUGAAAUGAAGAAACGUGGUAAGGACUGCCGAUUUGGUGUGGUGUCCAUGUGCAUUGGAACCGGAAUGGGAGCUGCCGCCGUCUUCGAGAGGGGGAGUUCCGUAGAUCAGUACUCGAACGCCCGCCCUAUUAGUGAAAACAAUUAUUUGUCCAGGGACGCCAAGUGAUCGAGCGAACAGCCGAAGCCGAAGGACUCCCGACGACGGCUAGUUGCAAGACCAGCUGUGUGGACUUCACAACAUUCUUACUGUGUAUCCAUUGUAGAUUGAGCCUGCCUUAUCUCCUCGCGUGAACGCAACUCACACCAGAUAAUUGGAGUUGUGAGGAGUACUUUCUAUAUAAUUAUUGUUUUCCACCCCUGAAUGAAAUAAAGGGAAAAGGAUUGCAUGCGUUUGU